AUGAAGACACCUAUGAACUACAUCCUGGUCAACCUGGCCAUGGCAGACAUGAUGGUAGCCGUUUUUAUGGCGCCAAGGCAUAUCUUCCUGAGCGCUUUCGACCAUCCCAGUGGAGAACUAGGUGACUACAUAUGUAAGUUUAUCACAGGAGGGAACUUCAUGUGGGUAGGAGGAGCAGCYUCGUCGUUUUGUCUCGUGGCUAUUGCUGUGGAGAGAUAUUACGCUAUWGUCUACCCUCGUCUAGAGAAAGGACGRAUUACCAAGAAAAAACUUAAGGCAAUCAUCAUUGCUUGCUGGACCUACGCUUUACUGGUCGACAUUCCUCCCUUCCUGGUCAUCAACUUCAACGAAAAACGCCAAUUCUGUAUCGAAUACUGGCCACACGUCAAUUUGGCCAGGGCUUACACAAUCUUAAUGUUCAAUCUCGACUUUGCUGUACCUGUCUUGAUUAUGGGAGCUCUUUACGUGAAGGUUAUUUACAAACUUUGGUUUCGCCGUCAAACCAGCCCAACCGAGUCUUCUCAGCUUGCAGUGGUGAAGUCCAGGAAAAAAGUGACCAAAAUGGUUCUCAUUGUAACGGUUAUUUAUGGYUUAUGCUGGAUGCCUGUUCUUACUUUGUACAUGCUUUCGUACCAUUUGCCAAAUCAGUUUCAAUACGCAUCUAUCAUUCAUAACGCUGCAGUUGUYUUCAUUUGCAUCAACUCGUCGAUAAAUCCUUUCAUCUACAGCUUUCAAAUGAGAGGUUUUAAGGCACAAAUCAAAAAGCUUUUCUCCUUUGCGCGGAAGCMGACAGCACAAAAUGAUGAUUCUCGAACGUCAACUGCUCUUGAAGUAAGGACCCGGAGACCAACUUGUUAYGCCAUUCAUAACCAAGCCAUAGAGAAAGAGCAGUCACUUGUCAUUGUUGACAUGUGA